AUGGCGCGGCGGGUGUUCGGCAUCGGCGUUGACAUAGCGCAGGUGUCACGCUUCGAGCAGAGCUUUGUGCGCUUCGGGGAGCGGCUGCUGGCACGCACCUUGCAUCCGCAGGAGAUUGCCGCGUUUUACGCGCGGCCGAACGCCGAGCAGGCGACGUUCCUGGCGUCUCGGUGGGCGGUCAAGGAGGCAACGUUCAAGGCCUUCCAGCGAUACCGCGUGCCGUUUCCCGAGAUCCACGCAGUGCGAAGGGGAAAUGAGGAGCUCGCAGUCCCAACGGCUUUGCCGGUGACGGAAAACUCCAAGGCGCUGAAGCUGCAGUUCUCGGGUGAGACGGAGGCACUGGCAAAGCGACUUCGACUUGUGGAACCAAUGGUGUCGAUUUCACACGACGGAGACUACGCCGUGGCCUACGUGCUGCUGCAACAGGAGACGAACGAUGUAGCACCAAGUGCGGAGUGA